CGAUAAAUGUAUGUGACGUCAUAAACAAUCGACGGCAGUGGUGAUUUUGAACGGGAUGUGCACCUUUCUAUUUUCAUAAAUAUACAUUGUUGAAAAGUAUUUAGGAGGGGUUUGUUUACAUUCCUGAAUACGAUGGCCAAUCAAAGAGCGCUCCCUCAAAGCAAGGAGAGUCUUCUUCAGAACUACAACAAAAGACUGAAGGAUGAUAUCAGGUCCAUUCUAGAUAACCUCACAGAAAUCAUAAAAACCGCAAAGGUAGAGGACGAGACACAGGUCUCUCGGGCUACACAGGCUGAGCAGGACCACUAUGAGAUGCACGUCAGAGCAGCCAACAUUGUGCGUGCGGGCGAGUCCCUGAUGAAGCUAGUGUCGGACCUGAAACAGUUCCUGAUCCUCAACGACUUCCCGUCGGUCAACGAGGCCAUCAGCCUGCAGAACCAGCAGCUGCGCUCGCUGCAGGAGGAGUGCGACAAGAAGCUCACCUCGCUCCGUGACGAGAUCGCCAUCGACCUGUACGAGCUAGAGGAAGAAUAUUACUCCUCCAGGUACAAGUAGGCUCAUACUGCACAGUCGAGGUUCGGUUGGUCCACUCUAUCAUGACUUAUAGCCCCUAUUCCCCCUCACCGUCGUGCCUUAUGAAGGGUUUAUCUUACCCCACCACCUCAGUCAUCGCCAUUAGUCUUUUAGUGUCUCUGUAUAUUGCGUCAACUUCAAUAGAAUAUCCAAAUGCUGGUUUUAACAGCAAAAUAGAUGGUUGAUCUAUGGGCAAAGUUAUUUUGCAAUACAUUCACCAUGAGAAAUCUAAUCUCAUUUGGUUGAAAAUUAAAUGAUGUGCCUUGUUUGUAA